AGUAGAUAAACUUCACGUGACAGAAAAAUAAAACAGGAGCGAGCAGCGAGGCGGCGAUAUAUGUCUUGGUUGUCAAUUACUCAUUAUUAAAUUGUAAAUUUUUUCCUGUUUUAAAAGGUGAAACUUUGCUACAAUGAAGAAAAAGGUUCUCCUCAUGGGAAAGAGUGGUUCUGGAAAAACCAGUAUGAGGUCUAUAAUCUUUGCAAAUUAUAUUGCACGAGAUACUCGUCGGUUAGGAGCUACAAUUGAUGUCGAACACUCUCAUGUACGCUUCCUGGGAAAUCUUGUAUUGAAUUUAUGGGACUGUGGAGGUCAAGAAGCUUUUAUGGAGAAUUAUUUUGCUAGUCAAAGAGAUAAUAUAUUUAGGAAUGUGGAGGUACUUAUAUACGUUUUUGACGUUGAAUCUCGUGAAUUAGAGAAAGAUAUGCAUUAUUAUCAGUCAUGUCUGGAAGCUAUUUUACAAAGCUCACCAGAAGCCAAAAUAUUUUGUCUCAUUCAUAAAAUGGAUUUAGUGCAAGAAGAUCAAAGAGAUGUGAUAUUUCGCGAAAGAGAAAGAGAUCUGGAACGUUUAUCUAGGCCUUUGGAAUGCAUUUGCUUUCGCACAUCCAUAUGGGAUGAGACGCUGUAUGAGGCAUGGUCUUCCAUUGUGUACAAGCUAAUACCUAAUGUGCAGCAAUUACAAGCCAAUUUGAAGCAAUUCGCAGACAUCAUUGAAGCUGAUGAAGUGCUUCUAUUUGAAAGGGCGACAUUUUUAGUCAUUGCUAGAGCUGAAAGAAAAGAGCAUAGAGAUGUCCAUCGUUUUGAAAAAGUUUCUAAUAUUAUCAAACAGUUCAAGCUAAGUUGUAGCAAGAUAGCAGCUCAGUUUCAGAGUAUGCAAUUAUCCAAUGAAAUUUUUUCUGCAUACAUAGAUGUUUUUACGCCAAAUACUUACGUAAUGGUUGUUAUAUCCGACCCAAAUAUAACACCUGCUAUCACUUUGCUCAAUAUAAAGAAUGCCAGAAAGCAUUUUGAAAAGCUAGAAGGUGUCAGACAACCGCAGCAGCUUUUAACAAACCAAUAAUAUCAAGCUUGUAUUAAGAAUGACUUUGUGGUUUAAACUUAUAAAGGAGAAACUGUUUUCCUUUUUAAGUGUUAAAUUUCAUGUUUUAAAUUAUUUUUUAUCUGUAUAUUACCAAGUUUAGAAUAAAUAUAUAUCAUGUUUGC